CGUGUUAGCAGCAAUAAUCAUUGCCAAAUUCCUCUAAUCGUUUUGCUGUUGAUUCUGCAGAGAUUUCGCAGGUGAUUUGGGGUGAAGUUUAUCAAAGUUCAAAUUCACACACUCUUUGGCGGCAAACAAAGGGAAUUCUAACAUGACGAACCAAACUUGGGGAAAAAAGAUAGAAGCACGACGACAGGUCAGCUUGACGAGGACCAGCCAUAUUAAAGUUGCAAGUCUUUCCCCUCUGGCCCACCGCCACUACCCCCCUACCCGACCCACCCUUUAUUCCUCCUUUUAUCCACUCUCUUAACAAUCCCCUCAUAAUUACAUCUAUUAUCCAACUCCGGCGAGGUCUCCGGACCCCCGGCGGUGCUUUCAUGUCGGGAUCUGCCGACCAACGUAAGCCGCCAAUCGCUCGGCCUUUCCCACUCUACAAGCAGCUGUCAUGGUCGCCUGACGCCGACCGUGAGGAUGCCUGGCUCCGUCGCAAAGCCCAGAGCAAGAUGCGGCGGAGCAAGAGCGUGACCGACGACGACCUCGAAGAACUCAAAGCCUGCGUGGAGUUGGGUUUCGGAUUCAACUCGCCAGAGGUGGACCCUCGACUUUGUGAAACUUUGCCGGCGUUGAGCUUUUACCAGGCCGUCAAUAAGAACUACAAUCACUCUCUCUCCAAUUCGUCGGCGUCUCUCUGUUCUUCCCCUGGGUCCGGCUCUGUUUCUCCAUCCGCCCAGAGCAGCCCCGCCGCCAUAAUCAGCCACGGGGAGAAUCCGCAGACGGUGAAAGCAAGGCUGAAACAAUGGGCGCAGGUUGUUGCUUGUUCAGUACGGCAGUAUUAAUUCUUCCUAAUCAAUUUCAACUCCAAAUUUGCAUUAUGUUUUUUAUUUUUCCCGUCAAACUUCCGUUUUUGACUUGACUAUAAAUUCUAAUCAAUACAUACACAUUUAGAUUGAAUCCUGAAUUACCCAAGUUGUUCGUUUCUUGAAUUCUGUGUGUUCCGAAAUUCUGUUGUGGAAGGCACUCCAAUGUCAGAUUUAUUAAAUUGGAAGAAUUGGGUGGAAGCUGGUUGUAUCUUCCACGCCUUCCUUCUUCA